AUGCUUUGGCAAUGGAAAUCAAUCAACAUAAAUCAAGAGAAGAAUCAACAAAUAAAAUUGGAUGAAGAAAUUUUGAUACUUGAAGAAAAAGACAAAUUUCUUAGUGGUAUUUUAGAAAAACGUAGUAAUCAAUUAGAAAAGGUUUUAUUGGUUGUUAAUGAAAUUCAAACAGAAAUACAAAAUGACAAAGAACAGUAUGAACAAAUACUUGAAGAUAAUGAUGAACAUGUCAAUACACCAUCUUCUGUUAGAAGUGAAUUUAUUUCGCCAGUUGAAAAUAAUUCACCAAAUUUAUCACCUCAACAAUUGUUGAAUGAUAUAAAUGACAUAUCAUCAUCAAACUUAAUACAAAACGAUGUUAAUAUGUUAGAUGCCCAACCUUCAAAUAACAAUGAUAAUAACAAUGAUGAUGAUACAAGCAUACUAAGCUCCCACACAUUAGGUGAUAAAAAUAAUGAAAAAAUGGAUGAAGAUGAUGUAGCUGCUACCGAUGAAAUUGGAAUGGAUGAAGAUGAUGUAGCUGCUGCUGAUGAAAUUGAAAGCAGUGAGGAUGACAGUAAUGAAAUAGUAGAAGAUGUAAUAGAUUCUAAUUUUACUGUAAAAAGGAAAAAGGAAACUUUUUCAGGUGAUGAAGAGGAAGAGGAUAGAUUAAAAAUGUUAUUCAUUACCUCUCUUGGAGUUUGUGGAGGUAGGAAAGGUGCAUCCUUACACCCAUUCUAUUUUGAAUUGAAUAAUCUUUUCUAUUUCGCUCACGAGCCUAUGUUUCAUAUAUUGAAGGAUGAAAUUCACAAUAUUAAAAUAGGUGUUGCUGUUGGAGCUUAUGAUCAUUUUUCAUCUUCGUUGGUAGUAUCUUGCCAUAAGCAAAAAAGACAGAAAUCAUUAUUAGUAAAGCCUUAG